AUGGCGAAGUGUACACCUCCAAGAGCCACUGGAACACUGUCUCCACAGCCGCAACUGCUAGUCAUGUCGACCCUCACGUCCUGUCCAUCUCCCUUCGUCGACCAGUCCGCCCACCCAUAUACCUCUGGGUAUCGCCCUGGCCGCUUGUGUGGUCCCUUUGGCUCGACACUCACCUGCUGUCUGCCAUGUCCUACCGAGACCUGGUUCUACUCCAACACAUUCGAGCGCAACAAGAACAUAGCAUACUGGUUCAACGUGCCUGCGUUGAUCUGCCAAGUCUUUCUGCUCUUCACGUUCGCGGUGUUAAAGAAGAAACAUAGCCAUGUGCAUUACUUGAGCAUUGGGUUUCACGCCGAACGACCUCCACUCGAGCAUGUCUUGUGGAUGGAGUGGCGGCCUGCUGGAGGCAGGAUCCAUGGCUGGAGCUAUGUGGACCUGAGAGUCUUGCUGCGGGCGCUUUGGACUCAACUUCGUGUAGUGGCCGAUGUACAGCAUACCACAACGUUCUUCUGGGUUGCCCAGGCACUGGGCUGGGGUGUCCCUGCCCUCUUCCUGGCUAUCUCAUUACCGGUCACGGGCGUGUCGUAUCAGCUGGGCACAACUUGCUUCCCAAACGAGCACGAUGCCUUCAUAACGUGGUUCGGCUGGCUUCUGGCUUUCGGCUGUCUAGCAGCACUACUCCAAUUCCUCACUACUGGCUUCUGUCUCGGUCUCUACAUCCGACACUUCUUCGUCGUUGAGAGCAAUUCCUCGCACAGUCGGGACAACAGCGAGUCGGCCGCCAGCGCGCUUUCAGGACUUCAGCCUGGUGCGAAGCAGCGACCACGGCGAGCAUCGGUGCACCUAGGCAGAAAGCUGGCAUGGAAGAGAGUGAGAAAAGUGCUACUCGUGCAGUGGCGAAGCAUACUCAUGAGUCUGCUCGUCACACUCGAGAUCGUCUACUUCGGUGUUGUCUUUGUCGCCGAGACUCGUGCGGCGCGCGCCGAUGACAAUCCUGCUCCGCUCGGCAAGAUCGAGGCGUGGGCAGCUUGCCUUGUGUUGACCAAAGGAGAUAAAGAGUACUGCCUGCUGUACACCGAAGGUCUGAGCUUGAGCGAAGGCGUUGUAAUUGCGAGCUUGUUCAUGAGCGUCCUAAUCGGCAUCUUCACCUUCCUACUCAUGGUUCGCAGUUCCAUGUUCGUCGGCUGGUGGGAGCUCAUACGAUCACCCCUACGAUCUCGACGGGUCAGCAGGCCAGAGGAGUUCGGACUUGCGAAUUCGAAACAGGAAUCGAAGCGUGACUCGGCUGGCGUCAAGUCGAUGCUUGAUGGUGUUGGCAUAUUAUCUGAGCCGAGCGAGUCUGUGAGGCAGGCUAGUGUACCUGAGCUUGAGGCUGGAGACGUUACCGAGAGGCAUGGUACUACAAAUUGGUUCGAUGAGGAGGCUUAUGAGGAGGCUGAGAGGACGGAACGAGAGCGGAAGGCGAGGAUGCGUGAGGAGGGUUUGGAUGACAUUUGA